GACGCGUUUUGCUCCAGAAAAUACGCCCUCGCUGUUAUCAAUUCUUGAACGAGCAUCAUUAAAUGAAGGCAAUAAUUUUUUGGGGGGGGAUCUCGAAGACUCACCACCUAAGUUUUCUGAAUUUCAAAAUUCUCUUAGGUCUAUAAAAACCUUCCUUGGAACAUUUUGAAUGACUUUGGAAUUUCUGAGUUUUCUCUUCGCUACUUCAAAUUUUCUCCUUCUUCAAUUCUUCUUUUACGAACUUUCUUGCUUCAGAUACGUCUUCCCUUCUUAUGGCUCCCUUAGGAUUUUUCCCCGUAGAGGGGGUUGCAGUUAAAUGUCACCCCAGAACAAUCUUCGAGAAGCCAUUCCCGUAGAGUUGCUUCACACGGAUUCUUACCAUAUCAGGGCUCCACACUCCUUUGAAAGAAUCACUCUGUUCUCUUCUCCUCCUCCUCCUAGGCUAGUUGAUGCUCAGUAUGGCAAAAAGCUUGUCUUCUUCUUAAAACAGUUUAACUAUGGCUUAUCCUUUCCUUUUUCUUGCUUCUUCUUCGAGAUUUUUCAAUUCUACCAAGUGUCUCCUUAGAUGGUGACCCUUAAUUCCAUCUUAUUUAUAUGUGCUUUUGAGGCGGUGUGUUAGGGAUGAGGAUUCAGGCCAACCAUAUGCCUCUUUAGGUCUCUUCUUAAGAUCCUCAAAUCAAACAAUGUGUUUUGCAACUUUAGUGGCUACAUGGGCUUGUCUAGUUUCACAGGUCAUAAGGAUUCCAUCCACUACUGAGUUGAGAGCUUCGCUGUUGUUCGUUUGAGGGGAGAGCAGAUUUGGGGUUUGACUUAUCUUGGGAGGAUGUCAAUUCUAGGUGUAAUAUUUUUCCUUUCUUGUCUAAGUGGGAGCAAUUUUAUUUUGCUCGUUUGACCUCCUUCCCUUACAAGUACGACAUUUUCAAAUGUCUGCAACUCCCUCUCAGGGGCAAUUGUUAUGCUAUUGGUAUAUAUUGACUGAUUUUUUUCAUUUUGUUUGGUUCUUACUUUCUUGACUAAAAUUUUUAUUUUUAUGGUUUGCAACCUGUGAGAUUCCAAUAGGUGAGACUACGAUACCCCAAAAUUUCACAUUGUCUAGGAACUUUGUCAAGCAGGCUGUCGAGCAAUUUACUGCCUAUAAGACCAUGGAGGUCAUUCAUGAUGCCUUUGGUUUGGAUCUUCAUCAAGGGGAGAGUGUGCGACCUGUAGUGAUCAUGGGACCUCCCCUAAAUAUAGCUACUGAGCGGAAUGUUGUGGAGACUGCGAAGGAGAUAGGUGCUGGAAAAAGAGUUGAAGCAGGGGGUGUCCAGUAAGUGUCUCAUGAAGGGGGUGACUCUUGCUGCCCCCUUGAUCCCUCUACUAUCCAUGUUCUCCCAUCUAACCACUCCUUAAAAGGAAAGGAUGAGAUUUCCAGUGGCCUAGUGAGGAAAAAUUCUCAAGCCACCUCAAAAGAAGAGAAGGAGGUUGGUUAAAGAGUCUCAGCUACCCAAAUCUCUAGGCGGGGGAGUCUCCUCAGUCAGUCGCACAAAAAGCACUCCUGACACGGUAAGGGGAGAUAAAGGGAGUCUGUCUACAGCCGUCAGCAUGAAGUUCUCUCAAUCCUUGAUUCCCCAUGAUUCUGGGGUUGCUUAUACUCUGAACUAGGAAUCGACUCCUACUUUUAUUGCAGAGCUUCUUUGCAACCAUGUUUUGGGUCUUCUGCUGAUAUCAGUGAUCCUCGGUUCUUAGAGACUGUCUGUCAUCUGGUUAAAUUUAGUGCCCAGUCGAGGGCUAGCAGCUCAAAGUCUAUUGAAGAGCUCUUUGCUGACUCUAAAAGACAUGCUCUCUUGGUACUCAGUGCCCUUAUCGAGUUGGAGGAGAAGAUGAAAAGUGCUCAGGGGGCUGCCUGUGCCGAAAUUGAGAGACUUAAACGUGAGGAGGUUGCCUGUGUUGUCGCUUUGAAAGGAGAGCACGAGGCAAAGGUAAGGAGACUGAAUAAGCUACUUGAGUAGAGUCAUCUCCAGAAUGAUCAUGCUGCCCAACUAGAGAGUCAAUUAAUUAAGGAGCAGCUUGAAGCGACAGCUCAGUUGUCUCAGGUUCAUGCUGAUGCAGAGUUGAAGUUUAAAGGCUUUCUUUCGUGUACCUCUCAUCUUAAGGGUGAGCUUUUGAAGAUGUUUGAAGAUUUGAAGCAAGCUCAUCAUCACUUGGAGAAGUCUCGAGAGGAUGCUCGCGCCAAUGUAGCUGUGAAGAAUCAGUACAAAUUGGAGGUAAUUGAGCUCUUUGCCUGUUGCAAAGAAUAUGAGGUGGCCAUAAUGGAUAUGUGCAAGAAAAAUGAGGGGGUCAUUAGGACUAUGUAUCAGAAAUAUUUGCAGUCUAAUGAGCACCAGUCCAAAAUUCUCAACUCUACUAUGCAUUUUUAUGCUAGCAGUUAUAAUUUGGGAUUGAAGGCCGAUCGUGACGAGCUGAACAAGCCUCUUAGUUCUCUUCGACUAGCUGAGUGUGAUUCUGAUGGUGAGAACAUGCUAUAUAGUCCUAACGACUUGCCAAUUAAGAAGCCUGCCAAGACCCCUGUCUCAAAGACCUUGGCUUCCAAAGCUCCUACCACCUCUUCACAGAGUAUUUCAGGGAAGCGUAGUGAUCCAACCGGUCAGAUGACUAUUAAUCCCCUUAUUCCAGAGGCUGUAGAUGCCCAAGUUUCUCCCUCAAGAGAUGUUAUUUUUGCAGACCCGACAGUUGGGACUGCUCAUGCCAUUCCUGCCAUCUCCGGAAUUGAGCCUGACUUGGCUAGUGAACUUGCUUCCUCUGGGAAAGGUUGAGAGUAUUUUCUUAUUUGUGAAUAUGUAGCAGGGGUGUCUUGCCUUACCCUUAUUAGCAUAUGGCUUUUAGUCUUUGUAACACAUCUUUUUAUUAAUGGAAGUCAUUUCUUAGUUUGCAA